GCAUUUCUUCACUCGCCGCUCACGAACAAUGUGAAAGCAUGUCUCAAAGUCCAAGGGCGACUGAGUUUUAACGCUGUACACAUUAGUAAAACAGGAACACGAGAAUUAUUAUUUUUUUAAAUAUUAUAAUACGCUAAGUGAACAACUGAAUCCGUUAUCAUUUGUCGAUUGUGUGUUGUGUUGUGUAUACGAAAGCGUGUCAGUUCAAAUUUCCCUCCAAAAAUGUCAAGCACAUUAAGACGUACAGCCUUGCAAAUUCUGAAGAAACAGAAAUAUUCAACAGCACCCAGUGCUAGGAGAAGCAACGAAACUAACCUUUUGACGUCGGUGUUUAAAGCAUUACCCGUGACCAACUACACCGUUAAUGACUUCGUGUGGCAAAACUUGGACAAAUGGCCGGACAAAACAGCCACGGUAUGCGCCGUCACUGGCCAUGGAUACACAUACGCACAGACGCACAAAAUGUCCGUCACGUUCGCCGCGUCAUUACGAACCAAACUGAAGCUUAAAAAUGACGACAAAGUAGCGAUCAUUCUGCCAAACAUUCCCGAGUAUCCGUGCACGAUAUUGGGCGUUCUGCAAGCCGGAUGCAUUGCUAGCAUGAUGAACCCUGUGUACACUUCCCAUGAGCUUAAAAGACAACUAGAAGUUAUCGACUGCAAAGCAAUUGUUACAUCAAAAAUAUCGUACGCAAACGUAAAACAAGCAAUGAACGAAUUGAAAAUAAAUAUACCAGUAAUACUAGUAGAAAACGAAGGUCUGCCAGAAGGCACCAUCAAAUUCGCAGAACUAGCAGAAGAUUUCAAUAUCGACGUUGAUUGUCUAAAGUCAGUGCAUAGAAGUCCAAAAGACGUCGCUAUACUGCCGUUUUCCAGUGGUACAACAGGAUUCCCGAAAGCAGUCGUUUUGACCCACGAAAGUGUUGUUGCGAUGAAUAAUAUGAUCAUAGAUCCAGAAGUAGUCGUUAUUAAGGAAACUACUGCGACUUACCAAGCGGUACUGCCGGCGAUUCUUCCGUUCUUUCACAUAUUUGGAUUUAACGCUCUUAUGGUUAAUCAGCUAACACAGGGCUGCAAACUGGUCACAAUGCCUUUCUUCAAACCGGACUUCUUCUUAGAAACUAUUGUUCAACAUAAGGCUGAUGUAUUGUUCAUCGUACCUCCUAUGGUGGUGUUCCUUGGUAAGCAUCCCGCGGUGAAGCCGGAGCACCUCGCCUCAGUGUCGGGGAUCAUCAGCGGGGCCGCGCCUCUCUCUGCAACAGACGCGGCGGCUGUCCUUAGUAAAAACAAAAACAUAGUGUUCCGUCAAGGUUAUGGACUAACGGAGACCAAUGGCGUGAUAUCAGUAGGCAGGAAUAAUGACGGCAAUCAUGCUGCGGUUGGUCACGUGAUGGCCAACUGCGAGGUCAAAAUCGCUGACCUGAAAACACAAGAAGCUUUGGGCCCUGGACAGGAAGGCGAAAUCUGGUUCCGUGGUCCCAACGUAAUGUCAGCCUAUUACAAGAACGAGGACGCGACAAAGGAAGUUCUGGAAGGCGAUUGGUACAAAACCGGAGAUAUCGGGAAAUACGACGAUAAAAAAUAUUUGUACGUGACUGACCGUUUGAAGGAGCUUAUAAAGGUGAAAGGAUUCCAAGUCCCACCAGCAGAGCUAGAAACAGUACUCCGAACGCACCCGAAGAUCCUGGAUUGCGCUGUUUUGGGCAUCCCAGAUCCGAUCUCCGGAGAAGUGCCCAAGGCAUUCGUGGUACUUCAAGGGGGUCAAGAAAUAGACCCCAUGGAGAUACUAGAGUUUGUUAAUAAACAAGUUGCAGUAUUCAAGAAUAUUAAGGAAGUACAGUUUGUUGACAGUAUCCCUAAGAGUCCUGCCGGGAAGAUAUUAAGGAAGGAUUUGAAGCAGAAGUAUUGUUAGUACUUACAUUCCUUUAGCAUAUAGGUUUUAUAUAAAAUACAAGUGAAGGGUACCGUAUCUUUAACAGAACUUAAACAUUAGUCAUCAGUUAACAACUAGACCUUUCAAUAAAAGGUUAGUUUAAUCUCAAUACAAUAUUAAAGUUAAUAGUGCAUUUUUUACCGAAGUACGUACUGGUCCGACUUAAUUCAUUGAGGUGAACAUUAUACAAUUUUUGGAUUACUAUUCUUAUUAUUCAGAUUUAGUAGUAAUUUUACCAUGCCAAGAAAUACAAAGUUUUGUUAACAAGUAAUUUUCUUAGAAAAAAUAUUGCUAAAAUCGUAUAAAAAUAUCAAAACCAUAUUUGACAAAUAUUAUGCUAUGUAAAUAAUAUUAUAAUUAAUUCGUCAUAAUUUAAUAUAAGUUUUGGAUGUCACAAAUAAAAAUGCAAAGCAUUUCGUUACUUAAUGUGUAAGAAAUUAUUCAUAAUAAGACUGUCAGAGAAUGUAUUUUUACAGUUAAUGUACACUUUAAUCAUGUUAACAUUGUUUUGUUAUACAAUAUACAAUAAAUAUAAUUUUACAAUAAACAA